CCCAGAUUACUAUUAGAAGAUAUUUCAUUAUUUUCUUUCUUUCCCUCUCCUGGUUUUCUUAAGUUGAUGGAUAACGAGUCAGAAAAGGGCGAGAAGUAACAGGAAUGUGGCAAAUCGAGCUAAGUUGAAGAUGCUUCAUCAUAUUGGUAGCAAGCCUGUUCGUGAGAUCAUUUAUCAAAAGGGCAAAAAAGAUGGCAACCCACCAGAUUUGGCAACAAUUUUCUUUAAGACCCGUAAGAAAGAUAACAAGCUUGUUGAACCUGAAGCAAUUGAAAAACAUGCUCAAAUCAAAGAAAUAAUUCAAGCAGAUCCAUCUCUACCUAGCAUAGAGAUUGUAGAAAAAUGUUGUGGACCUCAAACUCGUAGCCAUGUGUUUGGAUUUAGGGGUGGAGUGAAGGCGAAAGACUUGAAAGGUGGAACUUCUUCAAAGGCUGAAUUACUGUCCGCGCUACGUUCAACUCGAGAAGAAAACAAAUCUUUGAAUGAGGAAAACAAAUCCUUGAAUGAGCGCUUGUCUACCUUAGAAGAUGAGAUGAAAGAAAUGAGGAAAAUAAGAGAGUACUUUGCUUCUCAACAAUCAUAUGUCCCGCUUACGACGACAUCGACCGUUUCAACUGAGUGACCACUGUUUUUGUCUGCUGACCAACCUUGUUGAUGUUGCUGGAUAACACCUGGUGAAUUUAGACUGCUUUUGGGGUUUUAAAGACUGAAGCUACAAGUCAAGAUUCAUGUUUAGAAUAUGCACAAGCUCAUUAUUAUUUUGCUAAAUAUUAUACAAAACUUGAUAUCAUAGUCUAGCUCAGGAUGAUAGCUAUAUUUUUUUGUUGAGGUGUUGAUAAAACAUAGAAAGUAACAUCAUCAUGGGAUUUGACCUUGAUAUCUGAUCUUUUUAUAUCUAGAUUUUUCAAUAACAAUUUGAUAUUGAUUGAUAAAACUUA